AUGCCUCAUGACAAAAACCCCAAAUACUUGGGGUUUAUUGUAGACCCAGAGUUUCAUUGUAAUAGGCACAUUGACUCCCUGGUUAACAGGAUUAGAAGACGUCUCAAUAUUCUAAAGUAUAUCGCAGGCAGAGACUGGGGAGCCGACUCAGCCACCCUUAGAACAACCUAUACUGCCCUUGUGAGACCCAUAUUGGAAUAUGAUUUCCAGGUCUACUCCUGUGCUUCGGCCAGUAUUCUCCAGAAGCUUGAAAAAGUUCAGCUUAGUGCAGCCAGAAUUAUUUCUGGAUUGCGUAACAGUUGCCAGAGUCAUAUUCUACUAUAUGAAACAAAUUUUCAGUCUUUGGAAAUGAGAAGGGAAUCUAAUCUUGUAAAACACUAUGCCAAAUUGGCAAGCUUGGGCACUCAGAAUCGGACAGCUGAAUUUUUGCUUAAUUGGCAAAACUAUCAAAGAUUAAAAAAGGACAGCCCUCUUUCUCGGGCCCUUUCGCUUGAUGCAGUAAAGUUCAAUGUUGAUCCGCAACUCAUCUGCAGUCCUGUUACUAAGGGCAACCACCCUCCGGAGUACUUGAAGCAAUUGGCUUUGGGGCUAAUAAACCUUGUUCCUGCUGACGAUCUUAAAAUCUAUACGGAUGGUAGCGGUGACGAUCAUCACCACGCCGGCAGUGGAAUUUACACUAUAUAUCCUGCUGAAGUUCACGAAUCAAGAUCACUAAGAAAUCCAGAUUUCUGUUCAGUGUUUCGUAUUGCUAUUCAAACAGGUCUGGAAAAUAUCAGGACUGGAGCCACUUUUGGGAAUGUCUGGAUCUUCACGGACAGUCGUAGCUGUAUUCAGCUCCUGAGCAAUUGGGAGAGAGUAACGGACCGGACUGGGGUCUCUAUACGUCGUUCAUUAAAUGCACUCUCAGACUUCCAUGACAUCCAUAUUCAGUGGAUACCCUCACACGUAGGUCUUAUUGGCAACGAACGUGCUGAUCAGUUGGCAAAAGAAGGUACUUCCCUCCCAGCUACUCCAAACACGGCCCUCACUUACUCUGAAUUAUUUUCUAUCCGCAAAUCUAAAGUUAAUAAAGCUUGGCUUGUUCCACCGGAUCACAAUUGGUAUGCCCGCAAGCGUCCUGGAGGAGCCCUUGACCUUCUGGGUACACGUGCUGACCAAACCGCUACCUGUAGAUUUGCCAGGACAUACUAA